AUGUUCCGGUUUGACAACUUCCUUACUCUCUCACCAGAUUUUAUUCCUAGCGUGCAGAGUAUAUGGCAGCAACAAAUAGUGGGAGUGCCUAUGUUCUCAGUGACCCGAAAACUCAAGGCACUCAAACCUAUUUUUCGAGAACAAAGGAGAAAUAAAGGGGAUCUUUCUCACAAUGUUGAGUUGGCAAGGGGGUUCCUGGAGCAGGCUUGGGUAUUGGUAAGCUCGCACAGACAAGAUGAGCUUAUUCUUCUGUUGGAGCACUGCAGUCGACUUGUGUAUGCAAAGGCGGCCGAAUUAGAGAGGAUCAUGCUACAGCAGAGGGCAAAGAUGGAAUGGAUGAAGGGUGGUGACCAGUGCUCCAGAGUGUUCUUUCGUAAAAUUGCCCAAAGAAGGACAGCUAGACGAAUCUUACAAAUUAAUGAUGCCCAAGGAAUUACAAUUACGGAACCAAAUGCAGUCAUACAUGAAUUCAUAUCCUAUUAUCAAUCCUUACUAGGGGGAGACAGGCGUAAGAGGGUGAUGGACCUUCGGUUUCUUCGGCCUUGGGCAAGACAUAUCAUAACAACUGAGGAGGCAGGCCACCUACUUGAACCGUUUAGUGCAGAGGAUAUAAAAAAAGCCAUUUUUGACAUCGGCGAGGAUAGAGCACCUGGACCUGAUGGGUAUUCAUCAGGAUUCUAUAAAAACGCCUGGCCGGUGGCCCGACUCCCACCGAGAUGUGCUUUCAAAGUCGAUAUUCGGAAGGCGUAUGACACUAUCGAGUGGGAUUUCUUGCUAUCGGUGCUUCAGCUAUUCGGUUUCCCAGAGAUUUUCAGACGAUGGGUUGAGCUUCAGCUAUUCGGUUUCCCAGAGAUUUUCAGACGAUGGGUUGAGGAGUGUAUCAGCUCACCUUCCUUUUCAGUAGGAAUGAACGGAAAGCCACAUGGAUAUUUUGCGGGUGCCAGAGGGCUUCGACAGGGCGACCCCUUAUCGCCAUAUCUCUUCGUCCUUGUGAUGGAGGCUCUACACAUGGGAAUGCUACAGCUAAUCGAGCAGGACAUGAACUUCGCAUUCCAUUGGAAGUGUGACGAUAUUAGAAUCUUCCAACUGGGGUUCGCUGAUGACUUACUCCUAUUCUAUCGGGCCAAUACUGAAUCUGUUCGGGUCUUCAAAUUCGGAUUAGAUAGAUUUGCUGAUUGGUCGGGGUUACGCCUCAAUGUUGAAAAAAGUCACACCAUCAUAUCCCGAUCAGCCCAGAAUGUACGAGAGGAGCUACUUGCGGUGUUGGGGUUUCAGGAAGGCCACUUACCGAUGAGGUAUUUGGGUCUACCAUUGAUCUCUUCUCGAUUAUCUAUCGCCGACUGCCAACCAUUAUUGAGUAAGAUCGAUACACGUAUCAAUGGAUGGGAGGGAUUGGCACUGUCAUAUGCCGGCAGGGUACAAAUCAUUAAGUCUGUUCUUGUGGCUAUGGGUGUAUAUUGGGCUUCGGCAUUUAUUUUGCCAAAAGGGGUCAUUAAAGAUAUUGAGAAGCGAUUGCGAGCUUUCUUAUGGAGAGGUACCGGAAAUAGUGGAUACCCUAAAGUUGCAUGGAAGGAGAUUUGCAAACCAUAG